AUGGUAGGCAAACGCGAGAUCUUCAGCUCCGGCCGGACCAAAUCCAGCACCCCUAGCAACAACCGCCGUCAAUCCAGCAACGCCCAAUCCAACUCCCGACCCUCGACCUCCGACCUUGAAAGCGGCCUCUACACCCAAUCCAACGGCAACGACGCCGCCAACGGCAACACCCCCGGUAUAAGCCACGAAGCCGAAUCCCAAGAAGCCCGCAAUGUCCUCUCCGACGGCCUGGACGGCGACAAGCCCAAACUCUGGCGGUUUCGCGAUGCGGCGAAUACGGCUUUGGAGGACCAGAGGAGGGAGGAGAUGAAGGAGGCGUUGAUGGGGGGGAUUAAUCGGGAUAAUUUGGAGGAGUUCCGGAAGAGCGAUGAGGAGCUGAAGGGGAUCAAGAAUAAAAAGGUUAGGAAAUUCUAUGAGAAUCAGAAUGAGAGUCUCAAUGAUUGGCUCGAGGUCGAUGCGUUGGUGAAAGCGGUCGCGGACGAUGUGUUGGAGUCCAUGGACCCGGAUCCGGAUAAGGAUGGGGACAAUGAGCGCGGUGGGGGGUUGCAGCAGGAAGGCGGGAAUAUUCAUUCUUUUUUACCUGAAGAUGAGAAAGAACGGAGGCAGACGGCGGAGAAGAAGGCGAAGUGGGCGAUCAAUAUUAAUGUCAUUGCUAAUAUCGCCCUCUUGGCUGGCAAAAUCGCCGCCGUCUUCUCCUCGGGUUCGCUGUCUUUGCUAGCCAGCACCGUCGACUCCGCCCUCGACCUCCUCUGCACCCUCAUCGUCUGGACCACCAACCGCAUAGUCGCCUGGCGUCUCAAAACCCUGCAGCGCAAAUUCCCCGUGGGUCGACGCCGGCUGGAACCGCUGGGCAUCCUCGUCUUCUCCAUCCUCAUGGUCGUUUCGUUCCUCCAGAUCUUGCAGGAGAGCGUGGAGAAAAUCAUGCCGUUGAAGGGGACGGCGGAUGCGUUGCCGGCGAUUGCUGUGGCGGCUAUGGGGGCUACGAUCUUGGUUAAAGGGAUUAUUUGGUUUGGAUGCACGCCGAUUAAGACGACGCAGGUGCAGGCGCUGGCGCAGGAUUGUAAGACGGAUGUCAUUUUUAAUACCCUCUCCCUACUUUUUCCCUUUAUUGGGUAUAAGGCGGAUAUCUGGUGGCUGGACCCCGUGGGCGCAGGGCUGUUAUCACUUUUCAUCAUUUACGAUUGGAGUUCGACGUGCUUUGAGAAUAUCACCCGGCUUUCUGGUCAGGCGUGCGAUCCGGCGCUGGAGAAGAAAUUGCUGUACUUGGCUUACCGCUUCUCGCCUAUCGUAGAUGGGUUCAAGAGUCUGACGGCGUAUCAUGCGGGGGAUGGGAUAUGGGUGGAAUACGAUGUUUUACUCAAGGAGGAUACGAAGUUGCAUCGCAGUCAUGAUAUUGCGGAGACGUUGCAGUAUUGCGCUGAGGGGCUGGAUGAGGUGGAUCGGGCGUUUGUGACGACGGAUUACUCGGCGGGGGGGCCGACGGGGCAUGCGCAGGAUGCUGGGUAA